GCCAAUUUCGGAGCUCAACAGAAACUUACAAGGUUCCCAACCCAAAAAGGAAUCUGAAGACUCUGGCUUCCAGCCCUGUCUGAAUGGACCCUCAGCAAAGGCCAGGGGGCAGAAGACUCUCAAAUUCGUUUGGGGAAGAGAAAUCAAAGUUCCUAGCUAAGACUGUGUGUCCCAGCCCUUGGAAGAAGAGAGAGAAAGAGAGACAGGAUCUUUGGAGGCGACUUUCUCCAGGAAGAGAUAAGUGGUUUUGUUUUUGUAGAUGUGCUCGCGGGCCACGCACGUCCCGGGAGGGGGGCGGGGAGAGGGGGGACCACAGUAAAUCCUGGGCUCUGGGGCGCCCCCGCCUAACCCACUUUUCGUGCUGUCCCCUUCCCCGGGGUCGCCGCCCCACCCCAGGUGGAAGUACUGACCCGGAGGGCAGCACUGCGCGCGGCGUGGGAGGCCGCCCGCUCCCCACCCUAAGCGGCGGCGACCCCGGGGCGCUGGGCGUGCGGGGACUCCGGGGCGGCCCGUGCCGGAGCACCCUCGCGCGGGCGCCCCGGGCGCCCCCACCCUCGGGCGUGUGCAAGGACCCCCGGGGCCACCGCCUGGGCGGCCGGCGCCUCAGCCCCCCCAGCGGAAGGGAAAGGAGACUGAGGAGGGGAAGAAGCAGUAAACAGCUCCAGCGUCCGGGCCUCGCCUCAGAGAGAGCCCCGCUCCCCAGGCCCCGCCGCCGGCCGUCGGGACCCCCCGCUGUCCCCGGGGCCGCGCUGCCCGGGACCCGGAGCACCCGAGGGGAGUCCAGGCCUCUCCCCGGAUGGCUCUGGAAGCUCCUGAAGCGACCCAGGCAGCGGAGAACGGGGAAGUCAGGACUUACCUGUCAUUACUUUCUACGCCAUCUUGGAUCCACUUGUCAACGUCCCCACAAAGCAUUAUGGGGAUGCAAGGACGCAAGCAUGAGCACGCCUGAGAGCGGUCCCCCAGCACCGGGUCCUUGCUAACGCUCGCGCUUCCCGCCACGCGGCAUCCGCCACGCACGUCGCACCCGCGCGCGGGGGGACAGUGCCUGUAUCCUGGGAAGCAAGUCUGGGUCCCCCGGAUUCCAGGAACUCUGUGAACGCCGAGUCAACCCGCCAGCGAAGCGCAACUGGGGUUUGAGAAGGUUAAGCUAAACGCAACUUUACCCCCAGUUUACUCAGCUUUGCGCAGUCUCCUCCUCGAACCGGGUAAUGUGAUCCGCGACCCUCUAGGUCGGAGGACCCCUCCCCUAGGAAUGUGGCUUUCGGCGCUGUAGGAUCCACUGGUUAGGGUCCAAACUGCGGACUGUGACUUCCCCCGGCAGGGCGGCGACCCCAGGCGGCGGGACAAGGUAGAAGGCGGGCGCCACGCUGGCUCGGGGCAGAGAGAGGAGGGGGAUGUCCAGAGUGGCUCCGAGGCGACUAGGGCGCAGGAAGUAGGAGGCGACCGUGCGCCGGCUACAGACCUCAACAGCAUCCCGCGGGCAUCUGCUUUCUCGCUGCAAGACAAGCCGCGGGCUCUCUCCGCCCCUCCAGUUUGCUUCGGGCGUGCGACACCUAGCCCAGGUGACCAACCCCGUUGCUCCCUGAAUUACCAGCUCCUUGCAGCCCUUAUCCUGCCAGAAAUGGAGGUCUGUUGAUUAACUCCCCACCCCCACCCUGUACGUUCCCUUUCCAAAGCCCCCAGUGUCAGCAUUGCUGAGUUCGGGGACCUCCGGUUGCUUGCCUACCCCGAACAAGAUUUGGUAUUCAAAAGAAA